CAGUCUAGUUCACUCCAUUAAUUUAGCCAUGUUUAGUUUAAGAGAAAAUAAAAUCAAGGAACUUCCGAAAGGUGUGGGAAAUCUUGUAAACCUUGUUACUUUUGAUAUUUCACAUAAUCAUCUUGAACAUCUUCCUGAAGAAAUUGGUAAUUGUGUUAUGCUGAAUUCCUUAGACCUCCAACAUAAUGAAUUACUAGACAUACCUUCUUCUAUUGGUAAUUUACGAUCACUUACAAGAUUAGGUUUAAGAUAUAAUAGUUUAACCAAGGUCCCAAAAUCCCUGGAAAAUUGUGUAAAUAUGGAUGAGUUUAAUGUUGAAGGAAACAACAUAUCAUCAUUACCUGAAGGUUUGCUGUCAAGCCUAACUCAACUCUCCACAAUUACAUUGUCUCGGAAUGUUUUUCAAUCCUAUCCAUCAGGUGGUCCUUCGCAGUUUUGCUCAGCAUAUUCAAUCAACCUGGAACAGAAUCAAAUAAACAAAAUUCCUUAUGGUAUAUUUUCUCGGGCCCAAUAUUUGACAAAGCUCAAUAUGAAAGACAAUCAGUUAACAUCAUUACCUUUGGACAUUGGAACUUGGUUAAAUAUGGUAGAGUUAAAUCUAGGUACAAAUCAACUAUCCAAGAUUCCUGAAGAUAUUCAAGAUCUACAAAAGCUUGAGGUUCUCACACUCAGUAAUAACCUCCUUCGGAAACUUCCAGCAAAAAUAGGUAACUUGAAAAAGUUAAGAGUCUUGGAUUUAGAAGAAAAUAAACUGGAAAAUUUACCUCAAGAAAUUGGUCAAUUGAGAAAACUUCAGCGACUUGUUGUACAAUCCAAUAAAUUAACCAGUUUACCAAGAGCUAUUGGCUCUCUCACUGAUCUGACAUACCUAGGUGCAGGUGAAAACAAUCUAAGUACAUUACCACAAGAAAUAGGUUGUCUUGAAAAUUUGGAGUCUUUAUAUAUAAAUGACAACCCUGAACUUCACAGUCUCCCAUAUGAAUUGGCUUUAUGUGGAAACUUACAGAUUAUGAGCAUAGAAAAUUGCCCUCUGAGUCAAAUUCCUGGAGAAAUUGUAAACAAAGGACCAUCUCUUGUUAUUCAGUUCCUGAAGCUGCGUGGUCCUUACUAUUGUCAGAUGUGAGAAUAAGAAAAAUAGAAGACUAUAUUACCUUUUAUAUUCCAUCACUGUUCUUACUAUUGCUGUUCAAGUGAUGCUACUAAUUUUGCUGGGCUGCCAAUACUGCUGUUAUUGUUGUUCUCUUAGAUAUACCAAUACCAGUUUGCUUCAUUAAAUAGUCAGUCAUCUUUGUGAUGUAUCUGCCUCUCCAAUCUUUCUUUCUAAAUAUACAGUUUCAGUUUCUCAAGUUUUUUUACACAACAGUUUAUGAAUCUACUGGCUAAUGUUAGAUCUCUUUAGAUGAUUAAUUCAAUUACCACUAUUAUUUUUAAGUAGAAUUUUUCUCUAUCUGUCUCUCUAAUAGUGCCCAGUUAAAAUCAACCAGGCCUUUCAAUUGCAAACAGUUUACAGUUUUUCCCUAGUACUAGACAGCUAUAUUGGGCUAUUUUUGCCUGUCCUUCCUAUACUUCAGCUUCAUAAUAAUUUUAAAGAAUAAAUUAAUGUCUAAUGAAUCAGUGUAACUACAGAAAGUAUAAGGAUUCACAAAUGGAUAAUUGAAAGCUAUGUGUCUUGGAAAUAGAUAAUUUCAUUUUUUUUUAAUCUGCUGAUAAAUAUAUAUAUCAUAAUAAUAAAAAAGGCUUUUGCUGCUGGCACUAAUUUCUGUUAUAUCACCUCAUCCCUGCUGAUAUUUUUUUUUUAUAUUUAUUCAUUUUUCCCCACAGCUCUUUCUGUAUUCAAAUUUUGUAUGAACUUGCCCAAAUCACAGAAAUUGAUUUAUGAUAUUGUCCUUGUGCAUUUUUAAAAAUAACAUACUAUAAUUUAGUAUGUACUAAUAUUAAUUCAAUUGAAUCAAACAGUUUUUUUUUUUAGUAAUUUUCACAACAGAACAUUUUGUUUCUUUAGCUUUUUUUUUUUUUGUAUAAAUCAUUCCUAUUCUUCAGUAAUUAUUUUAUAAUAUUUUAUUUUCAUAAAAGUUUAUAUUAUUUAAUUUUUAUUUUAGUCACUUAUUCAUAUUUCAUUUGUUCAUAUUUUUUUAAGAAAAUAAAAACUUUCAAGGAAAUGUCUAUUAACAAAGAACAUGAACCCUCUUGUUUUAAUAUGACAUGAAAACAUGCCUCCCUUUCAUUGACUCUUGCUUUAUAUUUAUUUGAUUGACUCUAUUUGCUCUAUACUUCCAAGAUCACUUCAGAAAUAAUGUUAAUCCCUUUGCACAUAUCAAAAAUGUGCUAAUUUAUUUAAGGAACCAAAUAUUUGUCAAAUUUAGGCUUUGCUAACAUUUGAAUCAAUUUUAAAUGGUUACAAUUUCACCACACCACCUGAAUUUUAUGAAUUUUAUUAAAAAGAACAAAUCCUAGCAAGAAAUAAUGUUAGCAUCUCAAGCAAUACUUCAACCAGGAUUUACUCACAGGUAUCAGUUCUGAGUCUGACUUUUUAUCAGGGAAUAAGGGAAAACAUUUUUCAUUGAUAAAGAUUUUAAAAAAAUCUACUGAAUUCACUUCAAUUAAUAAAUCAUUUCUGAAAUAUUAA